CUGUACCGACACACACACGCACACACACACACCUCCGGUCCCUCCUCCCACAGUCAACACCCGCAGCAGAGAGUCACACCCACUAUAAAGCCCGGUGAGUUUCAGCUGAAGUGUCCUCAGUCAGAGGGGGAAACUUGUCAGCGGGUCACAGUGGGUGCUCAUCUUCCCGGUGGACACAGACGAAACGCGUCGGCACCCAUGGGAGCAGCCCUGCGCUUUUCUAUGCCGGCGUGAAAUGUAGAGUGAGCACUUCGCGGCCAAAGUCGUCUUUGUAAUUUGUAACAGGAUCGCGUUAAUGUAGUCGCGAACGAGAGAGUUUAAAAAGCGUUUUUUAUUAAAGAUCAGCAUGCAGCCGUAACGUCCCUGCCUCUCAACGUGGAAGUUUAUUUUCAGUCCAGCAGUUCAGUCGAGAUGGAAGACGCUCCUUAAACCACCGGACGAGAUGGGAAAAUGGGAGCUGACAAUGAACCCAGUGCAGGAAUGGGGUGAGGAGGUCGAGGAUGGUGCAGUCUAUGGGGUCACGCUGCGCCGGGAGCCCGUCCCCUCCUCCAACCCCAGCGAGACCAGUCCAUGCAGUGCAUUUGUCCAAUACCGAACCUGCAAGGUGCGGCGCCUGAAGGCUGCUACCCUGGACCUGCUUGUGAAUCACCUCCUUGACCCUGGCUGCCAGGAGAUGGACUACGGCAGGAUCCUCCUCUCAACCUACAGAACCUUCACUGGUACCUCCCAACUCAUAGAGCUGCUCUUCCAGAGAGACAGUGCUGCUUCAGAUCUGGAGAACAGUGAAUGCUACAGGAGCCCUCUGUUGGCCUUUGUCCAGACAUGGUUGGAUGAGUACAGCGAGGACUUCAGAGAUCCUCCCCUGCACGCGGCCCUCAGGCUGCUGCUGGAUCACCUGAGGAUCAGCUCUGCAGUCCACGACAACAUGCACACUCAGCCCAACUUCUGCUCGCUGGCUGCGCAGGCCGAGGCGCUGCUCAUGAAGUUCCAGAAAGAAGAGGGUGAGACAAAUGUCAGUCCUGCCCAGGCAGAUCUGGAGCAGGAUGAGGAGGGCUCAGGUGACGAGGAUUCAGGGUGUGAGAACUUUUUGGAUCAAGGCAGCAUCAUGGACUUCCCUGCUGCGACCAUUGCCGAGCAGCUCACCCGAAUGGACUCUGCUCUGUUUGUCAAAGUGGUGCCGUACCAGUGCCUGGGUUGCGUGUGGUCCCAAAGAGACAAGAAGGAAAACAUGUCCCCCACCAUCCGUGCCACCAUUACACAGUUCAACACCGUCACAAACCAGGUCAUAAUGUCACUGCUCUGCCAGCCGACAGACGGCAACUCCAGUCCCACCUCCCCCCGCCGGCCUGCCACUACGCCAGCUCAAAGGGCCCGCAUCAUAGAGAAGUGGAUCCGAGUAGCACAGGACUGUCGCGUGUUGAAGAACUUCUCCUCUGUCAAGGCGAUCCUGUCGGCCCUUCAGUCCAAUGCAGUUUACAGGCUGAGGAAGACCUGGGCUGCUGUGAGCAGGGAUAGCAUGGCCACGUUUGAAAACCUGUCGGAAACCUUCCCUGAUGAGAACUGUGUGCUGACCAACAGAGAGCUGCUGGUGGAGGACGGGGGCCAGGCGGCUGUGGAUAACAUUUCUCCAAAGAUAUCCAAGAGGUGUCCGAUCCCCAGACAGAUGAGCACCUCCAGUGGAGUGGUUCCUUACCUGGGCACCUACCUGACCGUCCUCACCAUGCUGGACACAGCUCUGCCUGACACCGUAGAGGGUGGGCUCAUAAACUUUGAGAAGAGGAGGAGGGAGUUUGAGGUUCUGUCGCAGAUCCGCGUGCUGCAGGCGUCCUGUUCCCAGUACAACCUGCCCCAUCACCCCAGAGUCGCUGCGUGGCUGCAGGGACACAAGCUGCUCACUGACCAGGAGAGCUACGAACUGUCGAGGCAGCUGGAGCCGCCGGUGGACUUGUGUUCGCCAACGCCCUGGAGCCACCGCACGCUCACAAAGAAACUCUCGUCCCUGCUGACGGUGAGCGAUGGAUCUAAAAAGCUCCCUGCUGACCAGAUCAGCGUUACAUCUUCUGGAUCCAGUGGAUCUGAGAUGGAGGACCUGUCCUCACCGAACUCAGCCUGUUCCAUCAGACUGCAGUCAUUUCACAGCUCUUGCAACAACGUGUCGGAGGCCUUCUCCUCCACAUCGUCGUCCUCCUCCUCGUCCUCCCCCCGCUCCUCGGCGAACUCCUCUCCAGACUCUCCUACUCCUUCCGGCUCCUGCUCGGACUGCCGGACGGACCUCUGCGCUCCGCUGGCGUCCAGCGGCGGUGCUCGGCAGAAGCCCGCCCUGUCCUCCAACCACAAGCGCUCCGUGUCCAUGACCUCCCUGCCGCUGUACAACCGCCAGGUGGCCGACUCGUGUAUAGUCCGGGUGAGCGUGGACCUGGGCCACAACAACGGCAACAUGUAUAAAAGCAUCCUGCUGACCAGCCAGGACAAGACUGCUCAGGUGAUCCAGAGGGCGCUGGAGAAGCAUCACCUCGAGCACAUGAACUGGCGGGACUUCAGCCUGACGCAGCUCAUAUCCCAGAACAGAGAGCUGCUCAUACCGGACAAAGCAAACGUCUUCUAUGCCAUGUCAACGACGGCGAACUUUGACUUUAUAUUGCGCCAGUUCUCCAAAGGCCAGAAGAAACCCCUGAGGGCCACGUCGAGUCUCGGACGAUACACAAAGUAGUGGACGUAUUCUGCAACAGGAGGAUGGACGCUUGUUGGAAAUGGUCGUUAAUUUUAAGAAACAUGAGAAGACAUUUAGAGACAUUUUUAUGGCCACUGACGAGAUGAUGCAAAAGCACUUUAUGAAGAAGAAUGCUCGCCUCAACAGAAACUGAUGGAGCUGUGAGAAACAUCCAACGUUCCUGUUGGAAAAGACUUGGCAUGAAUCUUAAAAAAAAGAAAAGAAAAUCAACUCAUUCCUUUGUUAUGUUGAUAAAGCUUUGCUUUAAGUGCAUGGAUGCAUGUUCAAACACAUGAUUUUAGCUCUGACACUGCUGCUAGAUGUCACCUUUGAUUACUGUAUGGACAUGAAGAGCACACACACACACACACACACUCCCCCCCAGAGAGCAACACGUGCCCACAUCAGUCACCUGAACACCGAGAAACGACCGGCCAUUUCCCAACGCAGCUGGGUGCCAUUAAUAACCCGUGCGUUGAAAAAGGGAACGCGGGGAGAGGCGUUGGGUCUGUAAUGAACCCCUCAGCGGGGAGGCUGUCGGCCACUCGAGAUGAGACCGCCCGGCGGGCCUGUGUGUCGCUGUGCCAGUUCCAUCUGAGGAGUGGGCGGGGACGUUCUCACCAGGGAUCACUGUGUUCCCGGGGAGUAUUAGGCCGGCUUCUUCGGCGUUGCUGUGAUACUCAUGCCUGACUGGAAGGAUGGCAUUCCUGAGCCUGGGUAACCGUGGUGGCAGCAGCAGAGGCUUUUGACGGACGGGACAGGAUGUUCACAUGCAAAUGGCUACUGUCUUUAGAUAAAGGUGUUCGUGCUAUGACUUAGCAACUUUGACUUUUUUCAAUUUUUUUCUUCCCUCUCUGAAUAGUUUCUAUUUAUUUUCACCCUCACUGUGAUCCCACUGCUGAUUGCACCUUCAUUUAAUUAACACAUGUGAUGACUCACUGUGGUGUUAAUGUUGUCUCUUGACUGGUUUGAACAUACUUUUCAAAAAGGAAAACAAAGUUUAUUCUGAAAAAAACAGCUGUGAUGAAUGAGAUUUUAAUUGUAGAGAUGUCUUGUUUUCUGAUGAAUAUUUAAAAAUGUACUUUUUUUUUUAACUUAAAUUCCAUUAAUAAAUUAGGUUCAGACUUGUAAGUGCCUGGAUGUAACUGCUGCUGAAAUGGCUUGAUUUGAAGCCGGGGAAUCUGGAUGGAAUAAUUUCAGUGACGUCAAUCGACAUGAUGAGUCAAGUGAGAUCGUAGAUGACGAUCAUAUCUUCACACAGUUAAAGCUCCGGGGAUCAUUUGGAGAAGAAGAAGAGCUAUACAAAGAACAGACGCACUCUGUAAAUGUUAUCUCUUGGAAAUCCCUCGAGUGUAGACAGCUGUUGCGGAAGGGAAAAGAAAUGUGUCGGUGACCACACUGUGAAGUAUCCUCUCUCUCGGCAGUUCAGAUCUGAAUGGCUGGUACUUGUGGUUUAUAAAUAAAACUGCCUUUUUGUUCACUCAUGUGAUUAAUGAAGAGAAUGUCAGAAUUGCGUAAUAAACUGUUUUGAAAGGAAUGCAGCGCCUGAUGUGCAUCUUCAGUCGGAUGG